AUGAUCUCACCGAUCCUUCAAACCGACUUGCAUCUUGGGUUGGUGAUGGGGAUUGUCUGCAGAUGGCAUGGAAUUGUCCGUCACGAUAGCAUUGGCCAUGUUAUUCUUCCUGGUGGUAAGAUCAAUCCUUCUUUGCUCAACUUGAAACAUUUGGUGCACUUGGACUCGAGCAACAAUGAUUUUGAAGGAAUUCAUAUUCCUAAAUUCCUUGGUUCUCCGGAGAGUUUGAUAUACCUUAACCUCUCCGAUGCUCGGAUUUGGAGGUAUGAUUCCUCAUCAACUAGGAAACCUCUCAAAUCUUCACUAUCUUAA